AUGGCGUACAUUGCGCCCAUUCACCGGCCGAGCAGCAUCCGCCACGCUAUCCAGAUCAGACUGUUUGGCGAGGACGAGGAGAGCCUGGUUGUGGCCAAGGCGAACCGGCUCGAGAUAUACGGCCUCACCGAAACACACCAGCUGGUAUUAAGGCAUUCAAAGGUCAUCAACGGCACCAUCUCCAUCAUACAGAGGCUACGGCCCAAAGAUUCCUCCACCGAACUGCUCUUCGUCGGUACCGACAGGUCACAGUAUUUCACCUUGGUCUGGGACGAGGAGAAAAGAAAACUCAAAACGGCACAGUCAUUUGAGGAUGCAGCAGAGAAAUACAUGCGCGACUCUCAGAGCCAGGACAGGGCCAUCGUCGACCCAACUGGCAGGUUUAUGGCGAUGCACCUGUGGGAAGGAGUGCUUUCCGUGCUGAGGCUCCUCCCGCGCAAGAACAAGGCAAACGAGCUUGAAUGGACAGACUCGGUCAGAUUAUCCGAGCUGUUCGUCAAGUCCAGCACCUUCCUCUAUUCCGAAACAGGCCACCCGAAGAUCGCCCUGCUCUACCAGUCAAGGUCCGACUUAACCGACUCGAAGCUCGCUACCUACCGACUCACCUCCGACGACAAAGAUACCCAGGCAUCGAGAUUUGACCCACACAAGGAUAGGGAGAUAUCCCUCGAUAUAGCAGAUCCUGGCGCGGCCCUGCUCAUACCAGUCCGCAAGGUCGAGAACGAAAAGAGACACAACUUCCGAGCGGCCGACGACAGAGCCUUCCUUGGCGGUAUCAUCGUGGUCGGUGAGACCCGUUUCACGUACGUCGACGACACAACACACGCCGUGGUCGAAGCACCCCUGAAAGAAGCGUCCAUAUUUGUGGCCUGGGCCGAGUACGACGAGAGACGUUACUUCCUGGCGGACGACUAUGGCCGGAUGUAUCUGCUCACGAUACAUACCGACGGCGUGGUGGUCCAGAGUAUGGAGACUACAUAUCUCGGCAAGACAUCCCGCGCGAGCUGUCUGGUGUAUAGGAACGGCAUGCUCUUUGUCGGGUCGCAUUACGGAGACUCGCAGCUCUGGAAGGUCGAUCUUGGGGACGAUCCCACACAGUCCCUGCAGCUGACCCAAGUACUGCACAACGUCGCGCCCGUGCUUGAUUUUACCGUCAUGGAUAUGGGCAACAGGGAAGGGGACAGCCAGCUUGGGAACACCUACUCGUCUGGCCAGGCUCGCCUUGUCACGGGCAGUGGUGUGCACAAGGAUGGUAGUCUCAGGAGCGUGCGGAGCGGCGUGGGUCUCGAGGAUAUCGGCAUCCUUGCCGACCUGCAGGAUGUGAGAGGCCUGUUCUCGCUGAAACCACAUGGUUCGGCAAAGGCUGACACGCUUGCCGUGUCCUUCUUGACAGAAACAAGAGUCUUCAGCUUUGACACGGCUGGAGAGGUCGAGGAGGUAGAGGCUUUUGAAGGCAUGUCUUUUGAGCAUCAAACCCUUUUGGCGGUCGACCUGCCGAACAGCCGGCGACUGCAGGUCACGACAGCGGCUGCAAUCCUCAUGGACACUGAGAAUCACAUGGUUGUCACCAUAUGGAGUCCUCCCGGUGAGGUCAUCACCGCGGCUUCCGCCAACUCGAAAUGGGUCAUAUUGUCUGUGGACGGCAAGUCACUCGUGUCUCUCGACAUUGCCAGAGACUUGGCAGUUUCUGCGAGCAAGGAUUUUGAAAACAAGGACCAGGUAGCUUGCGUCCAUGCCUCACCUCAUCUGCUCGAUGCCGGUGUGAUCGGGUUCUUCACCUCUGGCAACAUCUCGAUCGUGGAUCUCGCAACGCUGGAUCCUCGGAAAGGCGAGACCAUGAGAAAGACAGACGACAACUCCUCGAUCCCUCGGGACCUUGCAUUGAUACAGACUCUGCCUCAGGGCGUGGGAGGCCCAACACUUUUCAUUUCCAUGGAAGAUGGAAUUGUGGCCACUUUCAACGUGGCCCCAGAUUUCUCGCUGAGCGGGCGCAAGAGCGUGAGAUUAGGCACGCAGCAAGCCCGCUUCCAUCUCCUGCCUCGCCCUGAUGGUCUUACAAACAUCUUUGCGACUACAGAGAACCCCAGCCUGAUUUAUGGCUCCGAAGGCAGAAUUGUAUACUCGGCAGUAACAGCAGAGGACGCAACUUAUGUCUGCGAUUUUGAUACAGAGGCAUAUCCUGGCUCGGUAGUUGUAGCGACCGAGACAGCCAUCAAGAUCUCGCGGAUCGACACCGAAAGGCGGACACACGUAACUCCACUCGAGAUGGGAGAGACAGUACGGAGGAUCGCAUACUCGCCCACAGAGCAGGUCUUUGGUCUUGGCUGUGUCAAGCGCGAGCUCUCGCAUGGCGAGGAGAUCAUCACGAGCUCAUUCAAGCUCGUCGACGAGGUCAUCUUCAGCAAGGUCGGAAAGCCGUUCCAGUUGGAGCAGUCAUCAUCUCCUGAGUUGGUGGAAUGCGUGAUACGCGCAACGUUGUCGAACUCGUACGGCAAACCAGCAGAGAGAUUCCUCGUGGGCACGAGUUUCAUGGCCGAGGAAGACACCGCCUCACGGGCUGACGAGACAAAAGGGCGUCUCUUGGUUUUCGGGGUGGACAGCGACAGGAAUCCUUACCUCCUGGUGAGCCACAAGUUCAAAGGAUCUUGUCGGUGUCUGGCGGUCUUGGAGAACGACAUCGUUGUCGUCUCGCUGACCAAGAGCGUCGUGGUGGGCAAGUAUAGGGAGACGUCCUCGACGUCAGGUUCGUUUGAUAGGCUGGCCGCACACAGACCUGCCACGUUCCCUGUGGACCUGGCGGUGGAGGGAAAUAUCAUCGCGAUAGGGGAUCUCAUGAAGUCCAUCUCACUCGUUGAGUAUUUUCCCGCCACGGAGGAGAAGGCCGCCGCGUUGAUGGAGGUGGCCCGACAUUAUCAGUCCGCCUGGGCCACCGCUGUUUGUCAUAUCGAGGACGACUCGUGGCUAGAAGCGGAUGCCCAGGGCAACCUGAUGGUAUUGAGGCGGAACCGAGACGGCCCCACACUGGAAGACCAAAGGAGGAUGGAGAUGACAAGUGAGAUGAACCUGGGCGAGAUGGUGAACCGCAUACGGAAGAUUGCCGUCGAGACGAACCCGAAUGCGAUGAUCAUACCAAAAGCAUUCAUCGGAACAGUCGAAGGCGCCAUAUAUCUUUUUGGAACUGUGGCAUCACACGCCCAGGACCUGCUCCUACGCUUUCAGUCCAAGAUGGCCGAGGCUGUCCAGACGGCGGGUGAGCUCAAGUUUGAAAAAUACCGAGCUUUCAAAAACGCAGAGCGAGAGGCUGAAGGCCCCUUUCGGUUCCUGGACGGCGAGCUUCUCGAGAGGUUCUUAGAUAUGGACGAGGAGACGCAGAAGGUCAUAUGUCGGGGACUGGGACCGAGCGUUGAAGAUAUGAGGAACUACAUUGAGGAGCUUAAGAGGAUGCAUUAG